AAAGACCUUGUAUCUCGAAAACAAAGCGUUUAUAUGUUUAUACAAUAUAUUUUCCUAAAAUUAUCCAAGGAACCUCCCGCUUCCAUUUGUACCUUCAAUUCAGGAAUACCCUGUAUGUGGUUACCGUACCAACCUUUGACGCGGAGAACCUGGGUUCAAGUCCAAUGUGAUCUCAUAUUUUCUAUAAUUUUUUUUUUAUGAAUUGGGAAGUUUUAUGGGGAAAUAAUAAACAAUAGUAUGAAAUUUGCGUUUUUUUUUAUAAUUCGAUUUAUCCAUCUUCAGGAAGUGUUGAGGAAAGUUUUGAAUUUUCCGUUUUUUUUUCUGAUAAUAUUUCAAAGAUUGAAUUGAUAUAAUAUAAUAUGAUAUCUACUAGAGAGUACCGAAGUAUGAUGCGUUUCCCCCCUUUUCCGAAAUAAUUGUGUCACUAUCAAAUAUACCCGUGGGCCGAACAGAAAUAAAAUGGAAACUACUACAGUUCAUUAAGUGGAAGUAUCCCGAUUUCAUUCAUUGCAGAUAUUUCUAACAGAAUUGCGUUGUUGCAAUCCGGCCCCCUGCCGUCGUAGUGUAACCUAAGCGCCGUUUCUAAUCGCGACGCACACUUGACCGCUUUUUAUUUUUGAAAUUGGCGCGACCGAUCGACUCGGAAAGACCGUCGGUAUUCACCCACCUUAUUUUAACACCGCACCGCGGCAUAUAUCCCGCGACGUAGAGGGAGAGAGAGUUAUGAGAACGCUAGACUCGCGAGCUCUUUAAAAUCGGGUAUUUUUAGUACCGUUAGUGUUUGGCAGGCCGAUGUAGAGUUUGGUCGAGUUUUUUCGAUUGAUAAUCGCGUUGUCUUUGUGUGCGCGCCCUUCGAUAAUCCGACGCGCCCUUCGCGGCUAUGCCGAGCCUCGAUGUACGGUCCUGACUUUGCGUCCUUCCGUUCCCACCGUCCUUCGGACGGCAGAGUCCGCGACUACGCCAGCCAGAAGUCGUGGACCCCCCGUUCUAAUAAUAAUCCCAACAACAACGGCUUCAGCGAAUUCCGCGCGAAUGCGAACAAUCGCCGUACCGAUGAUUUCAUGGCGAACAAUAAUCCCCAUCUGACGAACAACAAUUCGGCGACCGCAAGGAGGACGCGAUAUUCGCGCUCCUCGACCACCAGUGUCGCCCAGCUGCUGAGCGAAUCGUGCACCAGUUUGUUGCAAAAGUUGACGACACGUGUGCGCGGCCCUUCGGCUUCGGCGGACGCUGCUUCCGGCAGCCAUGACACCAAGAGCAACAACAACAACAACGGCUACCCUCAAAACCCUUUCUUCGGCGGCCACCCUCUCACCACCAGCAAGAGCACGACGGUCGUGCCGAACUUCGGUCAGACCAGAAGUCGUUUGGAGGACAAAUAUUCCAAUGUGCUCGACAAGAUCUACAACAAUAAGAAGAGGUAUUCCGAGAAGCCUGACGGUCCGGUGAGCGGUAGGACGUUGAGCAAGAGCUCGACCACGGCCAACGUCUUGUUGACGGAGAAGGCUUACCCCUACGUCAGCAAGGUGCAAAGGGAGAAGACCCCGUACCGGGGGGAAUCGCGUAAUUCCCAUUAUAACAACCAAUGGCGACAGCAACAGUAUCCAGAACCACCUUAUUCGUACUUGGACCGAGAUUCGGCCUACAGGGUACGUCACAGAUCAAAUCAUUCCGAACUCAGACCAAGGAAGUCCUCGAAACCCCACCGGAGCGGCAUCAGCGAAGUCAACGAACGUAAGAAUACCGGAAACUUGAAAUUGUGCCCUGUGGAGAUACCCCUGACCGGAGAAAAACCUGUGCCAGUCCAUGUAGCAACCCACGCGCCCAAACCGACCAAGGUCGAGGAGAAUGCUCAGGUGCAAGACGGCGCCCUGUCCGAAAGGGAGGCCAAGAGGAAGGAGAUACAGAGUUUGAUCAAGAAGUAUUCCGCGCUAGACGAUUUCUAUAAUCGUCUCGAACCGCCUGUUGCGUCGUCCUCUUCUUCCACCGCCCAGAAGAAAAACUCUCUGGGUCCGGCAUCCGUUCAGGGUACCACGACCACUACCACCACGUCGGUGGCUCAGAAAUAUUACCAUCAUAAGUUGUCUACGUCGGUUAGCUCACGAGCACCCUCUAUUGAAGAUGACGAGGAAGGUCACCUCAUUUACAGAACGGGAGACAUCCUUCAAGAACGAUAUAAAAUUCUUGGAACAUUGGGAGAAGGCACCUUUGGAAAAGUAGUCAAAGUGAAAGAUGUUGAUAGGGAUCACUUUAUUGCCUUGAAAAUAAUCAAAAAUGUAGAGAAAUAUAGGGAAGCAGCUAAGUUGGAAAUCAAUGUACUUGAAGAGUUGGCUGAAAAAGAUCCGGAUGGUGUCCACCUAUGUGUCAAAAUGUUGGACUGGUUUAAUUUCCAUGGACAUAUGUGUAUAGCCUUUGAGAUGCUGGGGCUAAGUGUUUUUGAUUUUUUGAAAGAUAACAACUACCAACCUUACCCCUUGGAACAGGUGCGGCACAUUGGCUAUCAAUUGUGUUUCUCAGUGAUGUUUUUACAUGACAACAAACUGACACACACUGAUCUCAAACCAGAAAAUAUAUUGUUUGUCGAUUCUGAUUAUGAACUUGUAUUCAACAACAAAAAAAAAAGACAAGUGAAAAAAGUACUGAGCACAGAUGUUCGGUUAAUAGACUUUGGAAGUGCAACAUUUGAUCAUGAACAUCACAGUACAAUAGUUUCUACACGUCAUUACAGAGCACCUGAAGUGAUAUUAGAGUUAGGAUGGGCACAGCCUUGUGAUGUUUGGUCCAUUGGUUGCAUUUUGUUUGAGCUGUACCUUGGAAUUACAUUAUUCCAAACGCAUGACAAUAGGGAGCAUUUGGCUAUGAUGCAACGUAUUUUAGGUGAAAUUCCAGUGAGAAUGGCUAGGACUACAAAGACUAAAUAUUUCUAUAAAGGCAAAUUAGAAUGGGAUGAAAAAAGUUCGGCAGGUCGUUAUGUCAGAGACAAUUGCAAACCUCUGCUGAGAUAUAAACAGUGCGAUGAUCCUGAGCAUAACCAGUUGUUUGACCUUAUUUCAAAAAUGUUAGAAUAUGAACCAUCUCAGAGGAUAACUCUAAGGCAAGCCUUAACCCACCCAUUCUUCGAUAAAAUCCCUUUGAAUCAGAGACUUGAAGAACAGGGAUCUGGCGAUCGUCACAAAAGUUUAACGAGAUAGGCUUUUUUCUAUUUAUUUUCAACUUUUUUUUUUUUAAACUGUCCAAAGUUCACAAUUCAUCCAAAAACAUUUUUAUUUAUUGUUAAGAUCACAACAUUUGUUUUCAAUAUAUACAAUGUGAUUGAAUUUGAGAUGCGGAUGUUUCUGCCUUGAUUUUGUACUUAUUCAGUAAAUGAUUUUAAUUAUCGAAGCCUGGUAAAAUUUACUAGAAUAUUAAAUAAUUUGUAAAUAUUAUAUUCCAUAUCUUCUACAAUUGUAACUAGCUACUGAAAAAUCUAUUAUAAGGUUGAUGAUUUGAUAAGUAAUUAGUGUUCAUUGAAUCGAACUUUUUUGAAUUACCUAUGUAUAUAAAGUUGAAAAAAUAAAUUUUAGUUUGUAAAGA